UCCCUCGUGUUCCGCAUGCUAACCCUCACGGCAGCUCACGAACCCCGAUGAUUAAUUGCGGGGCCUUGGCGGAAGCCAAUCUCCUUGCGUUUUGCAUUUGAAUCUCCUAUGUCUUCUCAAUUUGCGUGUUUCGGCGAAAACAGCGGUGUUAUGAUACCCAUUUGUCACAUAAUCCUUGACUUCAUUUUCAUUCGACUACAGGAGAGACGAUGGACUCGACCGACCCACCCCGCCAACCCUGACCCUGACCGUCGUCUUGUCUACGCGUCACACCGGGUACGAGGCGGGGAAAGCGAAAAGAAACUCCAACGACUACCACCAUCCGCCCUUGCAAGGUGGAAUUACCACACUUCACACACCCCACGUCAUCCCCUUGACGUCGCUUCACCCGGUUCCAUUGGCCUUUCCUGUCCGUCGACAUUCGUGUAUAUUGAAGCACGGGGACCUGUGCUACAAGCUGAAGUACAUACUCUAAUGGAUCCUCAGAAUCCUUACCCUCACUCGUUUUUUCUUUUUCUGUUCUACCCAAUCCUCUCAUCAUUCCGUCCGUUUUUUCUUUGCUGUGCUUUUAUUAGUGUCAAGGUUACAUGGAGCGUCAUUUUGAAAUUUGCAUGGAUUGCAUUGAAAGAUCGGUUGGUGGGAUGCUGCUGUCACGGGAGAAUCACCCAGCAUGUAAUCUUAUUAAUGAUGGAGCCAGCUGUUCUGAUAGUUAGAGAUGCAAUAGUUGAUGUGUUGAGAUGGGCUUAAAAUACUCGAAAGAAUAAGAUCAGCCUCAAAAAAGCUUUUUUUUUUUCCCGCUCAGAACAUCAUUCAUCUAUUCCCUUUGUCAGCCCAGCCCAAGUAUAAUCUCAACGCACUGAUCUUGCAG